CUCUUCACUCUUCAGUCUUCCCUUCUCUGCGGAGCGGAUAAGCAGAAUCACCAUUAUUCUUAACCACUUCCAAUUCUGCAUUCUUGCUUCUUUUUCUUCUUCUUGUGUUCGAAAAAUGUGGUUAAAUAUUUUGUGCUCUUAAUUAAUGAGCUCUUCAACUUUGUUAUGCCACAACAACCUAAUCUUCUUUAACCACUUCACUACUUCGCAUGCACCUUCUUCUUCUUCUUCCUCUUUCACUCUUCACUUCGCUCCCAUUAACCCUAAACGCUGCGACAAGUUCGUUUCCAAAGCUAAGAAGAAGAACAAGAGGAACAAGAGUUGGUGGCGAAGGUUCUUCUUUGAGGACGAUGGCAACUGGCUUGGAUUGAAGGAAGAUGACAUGGUUGAAAUUGAAGAGGAACAACAACGGAAAGAGGAAGAGGAGUUAUCGGAAGAUGAGAAAUUCGAGGCGUGGAAGCAGAGAGCUGAAGCCAUUGUUGAGUUGAGGGAAGCACAGGAAGAUGUGAGGAACCAGGAGUAUAGGAUGUGGGAGGAUUGGCUUCUUGAUCAGCAUGAUUCUGCUUCUGAUUCUGGUUCUUCUUGGAGUGAUGGUUUGGAUUAUGAUGACAAGAACAAGAACAAGGAAAAGGGGGGAAGGGUGAAAGAAGAAGAAGAUGAAGAGGAGGAUUAUGUUGUGAUGGAGAAAGAGGAGAAGGGUUUGGUGGAGUCUGUUAGGUCGUUAAUUUUCGGUGCUGUGGAACAAGAUGAUGAUGACUUGCUCUAUGAGGACCGUGUUUUCAAGUAUGCUUCCACCAAUUCGGCUAAAUUUUUGGCAGUGUUGAUAGUUAUACCUUGGGCCAUGGACUUUCUGGUUCAUGACUAUGUACUGAUGCCUUUUUUAGACAGAUAUGUGAAGAAAGUACCACUUGCAGCACAAAUGCUUGAUGUGAGGAGAAGUCAAAAACUUGAAAUGAUAAAGGAAUUAAAGACUGAGUCAGGAAGAUUUGAGCUUGAGACAGAGAUUGGUAAAGCUCCACCUCUUACUGAUGAUGAAGUUUGGUGGGAACUAAGGCGUAAAGCAUUAGAGUUGCGAGAAGAGUGGAGAUUGGAGAAUCGCAAAGCAUUUGCCAACAUAUGGUCAGAUGCAAUUUAUGGGAUCUCUUUAUUUAUUCUUUUAUACUUCAAUAAGAGUAAAGUAGCUUUGCUCAAAUUUACUGGUUAUAAAAUUAUAAAUAAUAUUUCAGAUACUGGGAAGGCAUUCCUAAUUAUACUUAUCACAGAUAUAUUCCUUGGGUACCAUUCUGAAUCUGGUUGGCAAACUUUGAUUGAGAUAAUUGUUGAGCACUAUGGGCUUGAAGUUGAUCAGGCUGCUAUAACUAUUUUUGUUUGUCUGGUCCCCGUUGUUGUUGAUGCUUGUGUGAAACUUUGGCUAUUCAAAUACCUCCCAAGAUUGUCACCCAAGGUAUCAAAUAUUUUCCAGGAAAUGAAGCGUCACUAGUCGAGAAUUUUGUACCUGCACCAUCAGAGACCUUUAUCUUAAUGCGGUUUGGAUUUGUCACCCGAAACAUUCUUCAGUUUUGCACCCUAACCGUUCAUUCUUCAUGUGUGCAGUUGUAUACAUUGAACUGGUCAUGUUCUUCAUUUACAAAUAAUUACAUUAUCACAUGCUUUUCUAAGCAUGUGAAAAUUUUUCAAUGAUUUUACCAUGUUGGCCAAUUGGGCUAUUAUUUUUUACCUUGAAAUAU